UUUCCGGGUUCGGAGCCGUUCCGGAUGCUUUAGGUUGCCGGAUGUCUGAUCUCCGGAUAACUGAGGCGUUACUGUACAUGGAUUAUCUGAGAAUGUCUGAGUGUAUCCAGAUCUCAUUUGCUGUUUGUAGAAUUGGCAUUUACACGGUGACUAUAAUAUAUCCAGCUGAAAACCAUCAACCAUUUAGACUACAGGCUUCAUUUGAAAUGUGUGGUUCUGGAUUUGAAUCAAGUAUGAAAAAUCUUCGUCAACAGACUGGUCUUGCCAGAACCUGUUUUAGCAUAAAAGCAGUUCCACUUCAGGGUGCCAUCAUGAAUAUAAAAGAACUUGGAGGGGCCGAUAACAUUAGGAAAUACUGGAGUCGCUACUACCAAGGAUCUCAAGGGGUAAUAUUUGUUAUAGACAGUGCCUCUUCGGAAGAGGAACUAGAAAUCGCUAGAAAUGAACUGCAUUCAGCUCUUCAGCACCCACAGUUAUGUACUUUGCCGUUUUUAAUAUUGGCCAAUCAUCAAGACAAGCCGGCUGCUCGAUCAGUUCAAGAGAUUAAAAAAUAUUUGGAACUUGAACCACUUGCACGAGGAAAACGCUGGAUUCUGCAGCCCUGCUCACUAGAUGACAUGGAUGCAGUAAGAGCUAGCUUCACUCUACUGAUAAAUUCAUUAGAAGAAAAGAACUUAGAAGUUGUAAGAAUGUGAAAGCUAGAAAAGAAAACCAAGUCUCGGAAAGUCCUUUUACCUAGCCUGUUUGUUUCUUAUUUUAAUUUUAUUUUGGUAUCAAAACUAUUAACUGCUUUGAAAUCCAUUUUUUUUUCUGCAAGUAUAUCAGAUUCUGUUUCAUCUCUCUAUUCAAGUAAAUAUUCUGUAAGUCAGGUAAAUUAUCAUUGAUAUUAAAGUCCAAGUACACACUACUGAGAGAGAAUUUAUUCUCUGUUUACCACUAACUAUUCUGUUCAUUGCAUGUAGCUUCCUUCUCUUGGUAUGAGAACCUCCAUGAUCUGCCCUGGGCUGAAAUGGAGGGCAGU